AUGAGCAGCCUCUUGUCCCUGAGGACAGCCGCUCUAAUCUGGAAUUUGUGCCUCCAUGGAAAGAGACGAAGUUCUGGAACAUUUUCACUUGGUGAAGUUGUUAAGAUAUGGAGGAUUCUAAACGCUAGACAUGCUCGUAGAAAAGGAAACAUGUGGUUAGAAUACAUUAACCAUAAUCUAGAGAUUAAGCCUUCUGUUGCAAGGCGAAGACAUCUCAGUUUCUGGAGCAAGACUAGUGUUACGCUAUGGAUUGUGUGUUUCUUCAGACAGUUCUUUGGAUCUGUUACCAAAGUUGAUUACUUAGCCUUGAGGCAUGGUUUCAUCACGCUUUUCUUUUCAGGCGCAUUUGGCUCCUGGGAGUUUCGAUUUCCGAAGAAGACUUCAAAACUGUUGUUGAAAUCAGAACCUAAUUGGGUUCUUACCAAUGGAGAUGGUCUUAAGACUCUUAACACGAUUUACUGUCUUGCACCUGUAGAAACAAAGGAGAGAAUUGUAGCAAACUUGGCAAAUUUUGCAUAUGACCCUUACAACUACACGAUUUUACGUCAGCUAAAUGUGUUGGAACUAUUCAUAGACUGUAUAACAGAGCCAAAUGAGAAGCUUGUGGACUUUGGGAUAGGAGGCAUAUGCAACGCUUGUGCGGAGCCGAAGAAAGCUGCUACCAUUGUCGAGGCUGAUGGAAUUCCUCUUAUAAUCAAAUGUCUAUUCAGCCCUGUCCGGAACACUGUGAGUACACGGGUUUCUCGCAUCAUUAGUGUUCCUCCGGUGUUAAUCUAA